UUUGUUUGUUGUCUUAAAAUUAAAUAAAAAGCAACCGACUAAAAAUAAAAGGAAGUGGGAUGAUGUGUUGCAUGAUUCAACAGGCGCCGAGGCAGAAAUGCCCUGAUUUACACGUCCAGUCGAGGGAGAUGAAGAUGGAGAUCUCACAAGUUUCCAUUUUUUCAACGCCUUUCGUAUCCCGAUAUGAAAAGUUUAUGGAAAAAUCUAAGCUUAAGAGCUUUGGCUAUGAAUACAACUCAAGAAGCCAUUGCUUCACCUAGCGGAACCAUUGAAGUGGAAUAUGAACCCGAGCAUCUCCUUAUCCUUGUUCACGGCAUCAUGGGAAGCACGGGUGACUGGAAUUAUGUUCAAGCAGAACUAAAGAGGCAGCUUGGAAGACAUUAUUUAAUCUAUGCAAGUUCCUGUAACACCUACACCAAAACAUUUGCUGGGAUUGAUGGAGCUGGAAAACGACUAGCAGAAGAAAUCAGGCUGGUUGUGAAUGAGAAAAGCAGUCUGAAAAAGAUAUCGUUUCUAGCACAUUCUCUAGGCGGACUGAUUGCAAGAUAUGCCAUUGCUAUUCUUUACACUCCGAUCAUAUCUAGUAACUUGUAUGAUGUAAAUAAAGAACCGCCGUGCCCUUCAAAUAAAGGGUUGAUUGCUGAGCUGGAACCAGUCAGUUUUAUCACCUUAGCAACCCCACAUUUCGGCGUUAGAGGCAAGAAUCAGUUGAUUUUCCUUUAUGGUCCAGCUUCCUUUUCUCUUUGGUCUUUCCAUAUUGGAAAAACUUGCUGUAUCGAUGGCUUCCAUUUUCGCUGGUAAAACCGGUAGUCAGCUCUUCCUUACAGACGAAGAACCUAACAAGCCACCUCUUCUGUUAAGAAUGGCAUCAGAUUGCGAAGAUGGAAAAUUUAUAUCAGCACUUGGAACUUUCAGAAGCCGCAUCGUGUAUGCUAACACAUGCUAUGACCACAUUGUUGGAUGGCGCACUUCCUCUAUAAGAAGGAAGACCGAAGUCAUUGAGGUACCUACACAAUCUCUUGAUGGUUACAAACAUGUUGCCAGUGUUGUACAUUGCCCUGCCAUUUCAUCCGACGGUCCUCAUUUCCGCCCAGAAGCAAUCAAAGCAAAGGAGGCUGCCCAAAAUGAACCCACCGCUCAGAACACGUUAGAAUACCACGAAAUUCUUGAAGAGGAAAUGAUAUGCGGCUUGCAGCAAUUGGGGUGGAAGAAAGUCGACGUCAACUUCCAGUCUGCAUUCUUGCCCUUCUUUGCUCAUAAUAACAUCAACGUGAAGAUUGGGUGGCUCCAUAAUGCUGGAGCUGGAGUAGUUGCUCAUGUUUUAGACAGCAUCAAGGAACAAGAAUUCGACACAUUUUAUGAUUGUCUUUCCCAUGAUUAAACAAACGACGACUCUUAGGAAGUUGUAUGGAAAUGAUGAUCUUUGAUUGCAUUAACAAACAUACUAAAUUUUAGCAUGUUUUGAGCAUAUGAAUUGCAUUAACUUGUGAGCUAUUGUAGAAAUAUUCAAUCCAAUGGUAAGUAUUACAAACAAAAAAACAUUUUUGAAUUAAAGAUAUUAAUAUUUU